AUGGAGGACUCAUCAAAAGUCGAACCAACCAAUAUCGAGGUGGCUCGACCAAGACUGGAAUACACGGAAGAGGAAGCUAAAAGAGUCAUACGUAAACUUGACUGGCACAUCCUACCACUAUGCUUCGUCCUCUAUACUUUCUCGGUGCUUGAUCGAGGAAAUCUGGGAAACGCCAAGUUGGCCGGCUUGUAUGAGGACCUUGACCUCACUGGUGAAAAGUAUGACUGGCUUGGAACAAUGUUCUACAUUGCUUACAUCGUUUUCCAAUUCACCUCGGUCGGAUGGAAAUUGUUCAAGCCUCAUAUGUGGGUGUCCUUUGUCGUACUGGCUUGGGGCACUAUCAGCACCCUGCAGGCACUCUGUACCAGCUGGAGCGGCUUGAUGAUAUGUCGAUUCCUCCUCGGCCUCACCGAGACCAUGUUCGGGCCCGGAAUUCCGCUGUAUUUUAGUUUUUUCUGGCCGCGGCGCUUCGUGGGCCUGCGGUUCGGGAUCUUUCUGUCUGGAGCGGCUUUGGGCAACGCAUACAGCGGCGCUCUAGCAUAUGGUAUCUCCCAUAUCCACUCUUCCGUGGCACCGUGGAAGAUCCUCUUCAUCAUCGAAGGCGCCCCAACAGCGCUGCUAGCAAUCGUUUGCUGGUUGUAUCUGCCUGAUUCGCCCCGAGAAGCCAGGUUUUUGACGGAGCGAGAACGAGACAUUGCUGUCCAUCUGGCUGGAGACUCCCAGGACCAAGUCAAAGAGCCAGGGAAAAGAGGAAUACACUUGCAGAGUCUGAUGGCGGCGUUUGCAGACUACAGGAACUGGAUGUUCGCAUUGUCCAACUUCUCCACCAAUGUGUCUUUCGCGUCGCUGCCUCUGUUCUUGCCUACCAUCAUCUCCGAGUUUGGGACCUUUAAUAAACUGACUUCGAACGGCUUGUCGGCUCCACCAUACCUGCUGUCUUUCUUCCUCAUCGUGGGCGUCGCUUUCUUUUCAGACAGACUGCGGAUUCGCGGACCCUUUGCCGCCUCUUUUGCAACGGUGGCUGCGAUUGGAUACUUGGUUCUGGCUCUGACCACUUCGAUCGCCGCCCGCUAUGUCAGUUGUUUCCUCAUCGUCACCAGCUUUGUUACCGUGUCCACUGUACUCGUUUGGAACGCCAACACCAAUGAAAAUGAGUCUAAGCGGGCUGGCGGGGUCUGGAUCAUCCAGUGUGUCGGGCAAUGCGGAACAAUCUUGGGAACGCAUUCCUUUCCUGCGCAACAACAGCCAUACUACCGGCGCGGCAUGUGGACUGGCUUUGCAUUCUCACUAUUCUCGGCAGUUUUAUGUACGACAUUGAGCAUUCUGCUCCAUAGAGAGAACAAACGGCGGGAUCAUGUCUAUGGUAAGGUGGAAAAUGUGGAUGGCGAGAGCGAUAAUCUUCCACCGGAAGCGCGGUUCCGGUAUAUCAUAUGA